AUGAUAGUGCUGUAUUGGAUCAACGGUGACCCUAGGCGUUGGAAGACAUUUGUCUCAAAUCGAAUUGGAGCAAUCCUGGAGGCAAGCUCGCCAUCGCAGUGGAGACAUGUUCUUACGCAAGAAAACUCAGCAGAUUGUGCUAGACGCGGACUCACCCCUUCCCAGCGGAAACACCACACGCUUUGGUGGAACGGACCACAUUGGCUGCAGCUUUCAGAGGAGCAUUGGCCAGUCAAUCCAGUUCAGUCCCCAAAAUCAGAACUUAUUUCAGGAGAGCAAUCCUUAAAGCACAUCGGAGCCCACAUUUCCUACGUCAAACGAUUCAUUUAUAAUACUCGUCACAAAAAAGCGGAUAGACUCACCGGUCCUAUUCAGGUAUCUGAAUUUCAACAGGCUUUGUUCGCACUGGUGCGGAUGGUUCAACAAGAAGUCUAUUCGGAAGAAUUAUCAAGACUACGAUCCAACAAAUUUCUAUCCAAACACAACAAACUCAGCCAGCUAUCACCGUUUCUCGACGAUGAGGGGCUCAUGAGAUUUAAAGGCAGACUUAAAAAUGCUUUGCAGCUCUCCAUAUCUCAACGCACACCAAUAAGCCUUCCAAAGGCCCACCACCUGACGAUUUUGGUUAUAAGGAACGCUCAUCACAACACCUUACAUGGCGGUGUGCAACUAACUUUAUCUACAAUUCAUCAAGUUUUCUGGAUCGUCAACGGUAAACAGGCAGUAAAAAGGAUUCUGCGACAGUGCGUAACCUGUUUCAGAUUCAGAGGUCACACUUGCUAUAAAGCAUACAUUGCAGUUUUCAUUUGUUUAGCGAGCAAAGCGAUUCAUUUGGAAGCAGUCACGGGAAUGUCGGCACAUCAUUUUCUGUGGGAGCUGCAGCGCUUUAUCGGCUGUGGAACCAACUUUAUCUCAUCUGACAAGUCUCUAAAGCUGUGGACCAAUGAAUUCUAUAAAGGAAUUGAAGAGACAGUAGUUCCUGAACUUACUCGUCGAAACAUUCAGUGGCAUUUCAAUCCUCCACAUAGUCCAAACUUUGGAGGACUCUGGGAAUCCAACGUAAAAGCUGUUAAAUGA